CUCGGCCUUCGAAAUACGAGAGAGUCUUUUAUGAUUCACGACAAGAGAAGGUGGAUGAGGCUCUGAUCACCGUAACCCUGUCCUCUUCAUCGUAGAUUUUACCCCAGAUCCUCUGCUUUGUGACGUAGGAGGAAGAUCGACGGCCCGUUGCAGCAGCAAUUUCGUCAAUCUUGAAGGUCGACGAGUUGGUGCAAUUGAUUUCCUGUGUGCGAGGCGUGCAAGAGGAGAAACAUUCACCAUGUUCUGCUGGCGUGCUUCGGUCCUGUCGGCACUGCUUAUAUCCACUCUCGGGCCUGUGAAGGCACUACAGGAGCCUCUACUCGACAAUGGCGCGUCAGUCACGAAAAGACGGCAAUUGCACGGCCGAUUCCUGCAGGUGACGGACUUUCAUCCGGAUCCAUUCUACAAGGUCUACUCGUCAAUCUCCGAGGAUGGCGCAUGCCAUAGAGGCUCUGGGCCAGCGGGCUACUAUGGUGCAGAGACAUCCGACUGUGACUCGCCUGUUUCACUCAUCAAUGCGACCUUCGACUGGAUUCGCCAUGAGCUCAAGGACUCGAUCGACUUUGUCAUCUGGACAGGCGACUCGGCACGCCAUGACAACGACGAGAAGAUACCCAGAAAUGUACAGCAGGUUGUUCAGCUGAAUCAACUGCUCGUGGACAAAUUCUACGAAGUCUUUGGCAAGAGCCAAGAAGAGCCUGACGACGAUCCGACCAACGAUCUUGUCGUUCCAGUCAUUCCCACAUUUGGCAACAACGACAUAUUGCCCCAUAACAUCUUCGACAGAGGCCCAAACACUUGGACACGACGCUAUCUAGACAUAUGGCGUACCUUCAUUCCAGAAGUCCAGAAGCACUCGUUUGAUCAAGGCGGCUGGUUCUAUGUCGAAGUCAUUCCCAACCACUUUGCCGUCGUCUCGCUCAAUUCGCUCUACUUCUUCAAUUCCAAUUCUGCCGUCGAUGGAUGUGCCGCCAAAUCGGAGCCCGGAUACCGCCAACUCGACUGGCUCCGCAUCCAGCUCCAAUACUUGCGCGACCGCAACAUGAAGGCUAUUCUUACUGGCCACGUUCCUCCGGCUCGCACCGAUAAUAAGCGCAACUGGGACGAGACCUGCUGGCAGAAAUACACCUUGUGGAUGCACCAGUACAGAGACGUCAUAGCCGGCACUCUUUACGGCCACAUGAACACCGAUCACUUCAUCGUGCAGGACUUCGAAGAAGUCGAUGACAAUGUCGCCAAUGGAUAUGAGAUUAUCCAGAGCUCCAAGAGAGGCGUCGUCGCCGCUGACGAGCCAAAGUUUGGCAUCCAGUCUGCCACCAGUUACCUCAAGGAUCUGAGAGACAGCUGGACCAAAUUGCCAAAGCCUCAGGCGAACAAGGCCCACAAGGCUUCGGAAAUGUUCAAAAGCAUACGCGAUUCAAGCGACGAGGCUCGCCCUGACUGGGAAAUUGCAGAGCUGAUUGAGGAGUACCUACAUGAAGGUGCAGAGAUCCUCAAAAAAGGCAAGAAGCAUAAGGGAAAACACGACCCAGAUGACUACGAAGCAGAAAUCGGAGGUCGCUUUGCUGAGAGAUUCAGCAUCUCCCACGUCUCGCCCAGCGUUGUACCCAACUAUUUCCCCACCAUCCGUGUCUACGAGUACAACAUCACAGGGCUUGAUAGAAAACUGCCUUAUGCCGCUGAGGACCAGUACGCGAUGAGCUCGCAAGAGGGCUUCGAAGAGUCCGACGAACAGGAUCUGGAGGAAGAAAUCACCGAAGACGGAGAUUUGGAAGCUGAACGCAAGAAGAAAAAGAAGAAGCCCAAGAAGCACAGAUUCACAGUGCCUAAGCCACCUUCAAAAUCCGCCCCUCCUGGACCAGCAUACUCUCCACAGUCUCUGACUCUGUUGGGAUUUGUUCAAUACUACGCCAAUUUGACUCGUAUCAACAACGACUUCUUCGGAGACGAUGCAGAGCAGCAACGGUGGAAGGACGGCAAACACAAUGGCAAAAAGCCCUUCGAUGAGGACCGUAAACCUCACCCAACAAACUUUACCUAUGAGGUCUUGUACGAUACUCGCAGCGACAAGGUCUACAAGCUCAAAGAUCUCACGACGAGGAGCUACCUUCGCCUAGCACAGCGCAUUGCAGGGGUCAAGCCUAGAAAGAGCGAUGUGCAGAUGUCAGAUGCGGUUGACGAGAUCGAAGGACACGAGGCAUUUGACGCCGACCAAGAACAAGUCGACGUGGAUGCUACCAGGAAGAAGCACAAGAAGAAGGGCAAGAAGGAUCACAAGAAGAAGUCGCGCAGAGAGAACAAGCCAUGGUAUACGUUCGUCAGGCGGGCGUUUGUGCAUACGGUUGAUCCCGAUGAGAUCGAAGAAGAAUUUGGGCCAUGAGCAUGCAUCAGUGGCGUUUGAGACAUACAUUGCAUAGAUAGCUGUUAAAGAUGAAUGAAAUGUAGAGUUAUGAUACCCAUUUCG